CUGGGUCUUCCAAACUGAUUUGUACUGACUUUAUUCUCCUUCUCUAGUAGAGGUCCACGUGGCCAAACUGAAACCUGUAGUUCUCUUCCCAUCUGCUCCCUUCUUGUUCUAGGACAGACUGACCCGAACUCCUCCCCUCCUGACUUCAGCCCGAGGAAGAUGGCUGUGUGAGGGAUAACCCCUAGUGGUCGGCAGUUUCUCUCUCUGUGGUCACAUUCUAUAUUUGUGACAACAAGGAAGAAAGAAUAUAGAUGUCAGAGUCAGAAGAAUCUCACUUCAGAUCUUCGCACUGCCCCUUAGAAUUGUUGUCUUGAGGUGAUCAGUGAACUCUCCUCUACUUUCUGUUCCUCUUGCCUCAGGGGAAUAAUCACCCCACUGCUCAGGGUUUUGUUAGGAUUUCCUGUUAUGUGUCUAAGCAGCUCAUCCACUGCCUGGCACAUCGCAAACGUUCUGUAAGUCAGAGGUAAUUGUCCUGCUGGGUCCUUCUGCACGUGCAAUGCUGGACUCUUUCUUUCAGCCUAAGGCAACAUACAGGGACCUACGGUCACUCAAGCCAGCAGAAGGAGGCCCAGGAAUGGGACAUGGAGUCCAGUUCCUCCUUCCUUCUUGGGGCCAGGCUUAUGGUAAAGACAGGAAAGACUGUAAGGGGGCCUCCAGUGUCUGGAGGUGCCAACCACCCAGAGGAGCAUGACUGUCAUCAACAAGCCCCUUCUAGCAGGUGUGAGUAUUUUCUCUUUCCUGUGGGGUUUACAAUUCUCUCCUCAGUCUCAGACACUGCCUCUGGUGUACCACUUCCCUCUAGCGCUCAAACCACUUCUCUGCCUCCUUUUUUCCACUGUGAUGACAUCGUGCUGGACAGGAGAAGCUGUGCAGAGCUCCUCACUCUCAGCUAGCUUCACUUUCCUCAUUGGUACCAUGACGUCAUUUCUACCCUGGAAAUUCCACUUGCUCUCCUGUGCCCCCACCUCUGUCCCAGUCCUCAGCGUUCCUAUAAAGAAGGGAUCACAUCUCAGUGUCAGCACAGAACACAGUCGGGUUCUGAAGCUCUUUGGUUCUGAAGUCUCAGCUCCGGGAAAGCUUCUCCUCUGCCGAGACCAUGAAGCUCUGCGUGACUGUCCUCUCUCUCCUUGUGCUAGUGGCUGCCUUCUGCUCCCCAGCACUCUCAGCACCAAUGGGUUCAGACCCUCCCACUGCAUGCUGCUUCACUUACACCCUGCGGAAGCUUCCUCGCAGCUUUGUUACGGAUUACUAUGAGACCAGCAGCCUCUGCUCCCAGCCAGCUGUGGUAUUCCAGACCAAAAAGGGAAAACAAAUCUGUGCCAACCCCAGCGAACCCUGGGUCCAGGAGUACAUGGAAGACCUGGAACUGAACUGAGCCAAUCCAAGCACAGGGGCAGGAAAAAUCCAGAGAAGGUCACCUGAGCCUGACGCUUCUCAGUGAGAUGUACCCUCUCCGUGUUUACAACUCCUCUCUGUAGUCCCUGUUCCUUCUCUUAAUUUAAUUUUUAUUAUGUGCUGUGUUAUUGUAUUUGGUGGUAUUACCUUUAUUUAUGUGUUUUUUGUUUUUUUGCCAAAGGACACAUGUCCCCCACGGGAAUGGUCCACCAUCACUGUUUCUCUGCUAUUGUUAGCACUUG